AUGAACGUAAGUGAACUUAUGACAACUGAAAAUGAUACCUUUAUGAAUACAUCUAGCCAUCAAGAAAACGAAUCAUCAAGCAUACCUAAUUCUGCCUUUUCAAAUCUUAAAUUAACAUUGAAAGAAAGAUAUAAAAUACUUAAAGAUAUAUUCAUAAUACAUACUGGAGGAUUUAUACAUAAAGAUUUCCAUUCUGGCAACAUUUUCAAAAAUGAUGAAAUCUGCUGGCUUGUUGACGAUUUUGGCCUUGCUAUAAAACAAAUUUUUGAUUUGACUGGUGAAAUAUUAGGAAUAAUGCCUUAUGUAGCUUUUGAAAUUUAUCUCAAGAAAGCCAUUCAGAAAAUUUGCUACUAA